GUAUUGUAGUAAGAAUGCCGUAGUAUAGAGAUCGUUUGAAUUGAAAAUUGCAGUGGUUGCUGUACUACUGCGGGAGUGGGUAAGGGUAACUCCAAGCGUUUCAACUUUCAUUUUCAAAAGAAAAGCGGGAUUUAGGGUUUUCCCCAUUUCUAUCUAUCAAACAAUAAUAGAGGAGAAGAAACAAUAAUAGAGGAGAGGAGAGGAGACUUAGAAGAAGAAGCAGGAAGGGAGAAGGGGAUGGUGAAUCCACGGUGCUUUUUGGACAUUAGCAUAGGAGAGGAGCUUGAAGGGAGGAUUGUGGUGGAACUUUACAGCGAUGUGGUGCCCCGGACUGCGGAGAAUUUCAGGGCUCUCUGUACUGGAGAGAAGGGCAUUGGUCCCGAAACUGGUGUUCCUCUUCAUUACAAGGGUGUCCGUUUUCAUCGCAUUAUGAAAGGUUUUAUGAUACAAGGUGGAGAUAUAUCUGCAGGGGAUGGCACUGGUGGGGAAUCCAUUUAUGAUUUGAAGUUUGAAGAUGAGAAUUUUGAAUUGAAACAUGAGAGAAAAGGAAUGCUAUCGAUGGCCAAUGCUGGUCCAAACACUAAUGGAUCUCAGUUCUUUAUAACAACCACUCGUACCUCCCAUCUUGAUGGGAAGCAUGUUGUAUUUGGAAAGGUAAUUAAAGGCAUGGGAGUGGUUCGUUCAAUCGAGCAUGUUACUACUGGUGAAGGUGAUUUUCCCACCGUUGAUGUUGUCAUCGCGGAUUGUGGGGAAAUUCCUGAAGGGGAAGAUGAUGGGAUUUCUGAUUUUUUUAAAGAUGGUGAUACUUAUCCUGACUGGCCAGCUGACCUUGAUGACAAGCCUAAUGAGAUAGUUUGGUGGAUAAAGGCUGUAGAUUCUGCCAAAAAUAUUGGAAAUGAGUACUACAAGAAACAAGACUACAAAAUGGCUUGUAGGAAGUACUGGAAGGCUUUGCGCUACUUGGAUGUUUGCUGGGAGAAAGAAGACAUUGAUGAGGAGAAGAGUUCAUAUUUGAGGAAAACAAAGUCCCAGAUAUUUACAAAUAGUUCUGCUUGUAAAUUGAAAUUAGGGGAUUUAAAAGGAGCAUUGUUGGAUACAGACUUUGCGAUGCGUGAUGGGGAGAACAAUGUGAAAGCCUUGUUUCGUCAAGGGCAGGCAUAUAUGGCACUUAAUGAUGUGGAUGCUGCAGUGGAGAGCUUCAAGAAGGCAUUAGAGCUAGAGCCCAAUGAUGGUGGAAUAAAAAAAGAGCUUGCAGUUGUGAAAAAGAAGAUUGCUGAUAGACGUGAUCAGGAAAGAAAGGCUUAUUCCAAAAUGUUUCAAUAGAUUUCGUGCAGUUCCAUGGGGUAUGACCUCGAACAAAGCUGAUUGGAGGGGAUCCAUGUAGCCGACCCUAUUUAGUUGGCAUAAGGCUAAGUUGUUCUAAUUGUACCAGGUCUUGAGACAUGGUGAAGUAAAGCACCUGAACUUUGGAUCUUUGAAUACAAAGAUACAGGGCGAGCUUCGGUCAAUUUUUGUUCGAUAAUUUUGACAUUUUUAGAAUUUCAGGACUUUAUCAUUGGCAGAAACUGGAUUGCUAUAUGAUGAAAUCAUUUGCAAUCGUUCAAACAAUCUUGAGAUGUUUCAUAUAAAGAAAUAAUCUUAAUUGGUCUUAAA